CCGGGAAUGGUAGCAGCAGCAGUAGCUUGAAAGCUUAUCAAGGAACUGGCAACAUGGAGGUACUUGAGAUAUCAUUGGCAGGUAAAGCUAAGUUCAAGAGUGAAUAUUAUGCUUAUCAAUGCUUCAAAUCUGAUGGAAACAUAACAAAGGAGCAAGACUAUUGGAUUGAUAUGGGAGAAUCGCCUUUCUGGUUCUCACCCACCGACAACAAAUUUACAGCCAUUGGGUGUGACACUGUGGCUACCAUUAGUGAGUCCAACGACAAAGAUUUCAUGACUGGGUGUGUUUCUGUGUGCAGUAAACAGGGGAGUGUAAGGGACGGGUCUUGUUCUGGAAUCGGUUGUUGCCAGACCCCAGUCCCCUGGGGGCUCAAACGUUUCAACGUGAGUCUUGCGAGUAUAGAUAACCAUAACAAAACCUGGUCGUUCAACCCUUGCAGUUUUGCUUUCUUGUCCGAGCAAAACUGGUUCACCUUCAAUUUAUCCUAUAUCUCAGCUCUUAGCCUCCAGAGUUUGAAGAUUCCGAUCGUGAUGGAUUGGGCAAUUGGGAAUCAGACAUGUGAAGAAACACUGCGUGAUACAGAAUCCUAUGCAUGUGGUCCAAAUACCAAUUGCUCUAAUUCAAUUAAUGGCCCUGGAUAUAGGUGUUACUGCAAAGAUGGUUUUGAAGGGAACCCUUAUCUUCCUCAAGGAUGCCAAGACAUAAAUGAAUGUGAAGAUGGACACAUUAAUUCCUGCUACGAGGGUGCUAUCUGCAAUAAUACUGUCGGAAGCUAUAGCUGUUAUUGUCCAAAAGGUUAUCAUGACCACGGUUUGACAAAUGGGACUCGCUGUACUCAGAACCUUAAAGCCAUUCCCUUGAUAAAAAUUAUUGCAGGUGUUUGUACAAGCUUCAUAUUUGUAUUUGUCAGUAUUCAUUUUACAUACUGGGGAAUCCAGAGAAGAAGAAUCAUCAAGCGUAGAGAAAUUUUUUUUGAACAAAAUGGAGGUUUGCUAUUGCAGCAACAAAUUGCUACGCGUAGAGGUGUCACAGAUAACGCUGGGAUUUUUACCAUAGAAGAGCUCAAUAAGGCUACCAACAACUUUGAUGAGAGCCGGAUACUUGGCCAAGGAGGGUAUGGUACAGUUUUUAGAGGAAUCUUAUCAAAUGGCAGAGUAGUGGCUAUUAAGAAAUCCAAAAUAAUGGAUAAAAGUCAAAUUAUACAGUUUAUCAAUGAGGUAGAUAUCCUUUCUCAAAUCAACCAUAGAAAUGUGGUGAAGCUCUUGGGUUGUUGUUUAGAAGAAGAGGUUCCAUUGUUGGUUUAUGAGUUCAUCUCUAACGGAACCCUCUUCCAACAUAUCCAUAAUGAGAAUCAGAUAGUGUCUAUUUCAUGGAGGAAUCGUUUAAGAAUUGCCUCUGAAACAGCUGGAGCACUUGCAUAUUUGCACUCUGCUCAUUCAAUACCAAUCCUUCAUAGGGAUGUCAAGUCUUCCAAUAUACUUCUAGAUGAUAAUUACAUGGCUAAAGUAUCUGAUUUUGGAGCUUCAAGGUUGGCUCCUUUGGAUCAAACUCAAGUAACGACAUUAGUUCAAGGAACCUUAGGUUACUUGGACCCUGAAUGCUUUCACACAGGUCAAUUAAUUGAUAAGAGUGAUGUUUAUAGCUUCGGCGUUGUCCUUGCUGAGCUUUUGACUAGGCAAAAACCGCUUCUAUCAGAAGGAUCUGAGGAACGUAAAAGCCUUGCCAGGUAUUUUGUUUCUUCAUUGAAAGAUAACAACCUUUUUCAGAUUCUUGAUUACCAAAUAUUAAAUGAGGGGGAUAAAGAACAGUUGUUGGCAGUUUCUGAACUUGCAAGAAGAUGCUUGAAAAUUAAAGGAGAAGAUAGGCCAACAAUGAAAGAAGUUGCAAUGGAGCUUGAUUCCCUAAGAAUGUUGUGUGAGCAUCCAUGGGUACAACAUAAACAUGAGGAAACUGAAAGAUUUCUAGGUGAACCAUCAACAAGUUCUACUAUUGAUACAACUGGUCAAGUGUCUUUAGAUGAUUCUUUCAUGCUACCACUAGAGAUUGCUCGUUGAUGUUUCAGCCCAGCAGGUGGUUUUUGCAAUGAUGACAAAGUUCUCUUUUAGUGACUAUGGUUGGUAAUGUAAACCUAUGUAACUGUAU